ACAGCAAGUACUACUACAGUAUAUUAGUACAGUACAUAUACUACAGUAGUACUCAGUACUCUGAUGGCUAAAUGGGGUGAAGGAGAUCCUCGAUGGAUCGUUGAGCAGAGAGCAGACGGAACAAACGUCAACAACUGGCACUGGACAGAGCGUGAUGUGAGCUCCUGGUCCUCGGUGCUCAUCCGUGACCUCCUCCUAGGAGUCUCUCUUAAAGGGCUGGAGGGUGUAGUUGAGCUGACGGAGGUCGACAGACUUGAAGGAGAAUCUUCCAUCAACAACCGGAGAGGAAAACUCUUCUUCUUCUAUGAGUGGAGGCUGAGGGCCAGCUGGCUGGGGACGUCCAGCAGCGGCGUGAAGUUCAGAGGAACCGUUGACGUUUCUAACUUAUCGGACGAGAACGACAUGGACGACCUCGACAUCUCGGUGUCUCUGUGCAAAGACCAGCCCGACACACCGCUCCUCGGCCUCAUGAAGAAGACCGGCGUUCAGGAGGUCCGGAGGGUUUUGGGCGAGUUCGUCCACCGGCUCAAAUCAGAGUUCAGUCAAGGUAUGAUCCUCGCUAAGGCCGACCAACCGGAGCCACCUGAACCUCAGAACCAGAAGGACCAGAUCCAGACCAGUAGACCUCAGACCCAGAAGAACCAGAUCCAGACCAGUAGAGCUCAGACCCAGAACAACCAGAUCCAGACCAGUAGAGCUCAGAAAAGUUCCGCCACCAGGUGUUCCUCUGGCCCCGCCCCCUCCCUCCCAGGUGUUCCUAUCAAAACCUGCACCUUUAAUCUGACGGAAACCUUCCAAACGUCUCCUGAUGAGCUGUACAGGACCUUCAUCAGCCAGGAGUUCGUGCAGGUGUUCACUCGUUCGGCUGCUCAGGUGGACGGUCGGAGAGGAGGACAGUUCCAGAUGUUGGACGGCAGUGUCAGAGGAGAGUUCACACAGCUGGUACCGAACCGAAGGAUCGAGAUGAGGUGGCGGUUCAGAACGUGGCCCAGUGAACACUACGCCUCCGUCAGUCUGGAGCUGGAGGAGCGAGGAGACGAGACGGAGCUGAGGAUGGAGUGUGGAGGAGUCCCUGAAGGAGAGGAGGAGUCCACCAGAGAGGGAUGGACCCGCUUCUACUUCAGGGCCAUCAAACAGGUGUUUGGAUACUGAGAGGCUCCACUCCCUAGAGGCUGAACUGUGUCAUGACGUGAGCGUGACAUCAACGUCUUAAAGGAACAGUUCAAAGGUUUCAUGGAGGCUCACAGCAUGGUAGCAUAGCUUAGCUUAGCAUAGUUUAGCUUAGCAUGAAGACUAAGUGUUAGCCCAGCUCCAUCAGAAGUUUAAAAAAAAGAACCAACUAAACCAACGGUUUGAUCCGUUGUGUCUGAAUCAUUGUGUCAAUAAAGUUUGGACAGUUCAAGUCUUCCUGUCGAUGACUCUGAUUGGUUCUGUCAUCAGAGUCAUUCUUUUUUUAAUUGUUUCAUUGUUUCAUCAAAGCAGCAAAAAUAAAAUGUUUACUGAAAAUA